ACAGCACAGAAUGGAGCACUGGAACUCUACCCUGGGAAGUGGCUUCAUAUUGAUGGGGAUUCUGAAGGACAGUGGGUCUCCUGAGCUGCUCUGCACCACAAUCUCAGUCUUGUACAUGUUAGCUCUGACCAGCAAUGGCCUGCUGCUCCUGGUCAUCACAAUGGAUGUUCGGCUCCAUGUGCCCAUGUACCUCUUGCUUGGGCAGCUCUCACUGAUGGAUCUCCUCUUCACAUCUGUUGUCACUCCCAAGGCUCUUGUGGAUUUUUUCCAUAGUGAAAACACCAUCUCCUUUGGGGGCUGUGCCCUUCAGAUGUUCCUGGCACUGACCCUGGGUGGUGCAGAGGACCUCUUACUGGCCUUCAUGGCCUAUGACAGGUAUGUGGCCAUUUGUCAUCCUCUGACCUACAUGGUCCUCAUGAGGCCAAGGGUCUGCUGGCUCAUGGUGACCAUAUCUUGGAUCCUGGCAUCUCUGAACGCUCUAGGACAUACCUUGUAUACCAUGCACUUUCCUUUCUGUAUGUCCCGGAAAAUCAGUCACCUGCUCUGUGAGAUCCCACCUCUGCUGAAGUUGGCCUGUGCAGAUACCUCCAGAUAUGAGCUCAUGGUGUAUGUGAUGGGUGUGACCUUCCUGAUGCCCCCUCUUAUUGCUAUUCUUGCUUCUUAUACACUAAUCUUAUUUACUGUGCUCCACAUGCCCUCAAAUGAAGGGAGACAGAAAGCCCUAUUUACCUGUUCUUCCCACCUGGCUGUGGUCGGGAUGUUCUAUGGAGCUGCCAUGUUCAUGUAUAUCCUGCCCCGUUCCCUCCACAGCCCCCAGCAAGACAACAUCACCUCUGUUUUCUACACGAUUGUCACUCCAGCCCUGAACCCCCUCAUCUACAGCCUGAGGAAUAAGGAGGUCAUGGGAGCCUUGAGGAGGAUCCUAGGGAAAUAUGUGCUGUGGACACACUCCACCAUUUAGGGAGGCUUAUGGUUUGAUU